AGAAGUGCUUUAUUUUUACAGCAUCCUUUGCUAAUGAUCACAAACAUAAGAAAAUUGAAAGAAUCAAAGGCAAACACAUGUAUUCCAAAGCCUCCCCCAAAAAUCAUAUGUUUGUAAGAAAAGGUAGUUAUCCUGCUACCAUUGAAACAAACAUAACGACCACAUGAGUGUUUCUUGCAUUUAACAGUAUGAGUUGAAUGAGAGCAGGCAAUCCUCAGUCUUCUUUGUAAAUGCUGUUUGAUGUAAGAUACAGGAAAAUGAUUUACAUUUAGCACAAAGAAGAAUGUUUUCAUUGCUGCUGAUGAUGAGUUGUCUUUGGUAAAAUUUAAAAUCAUUAUCAUCUUUUCAAUACAGAAAUGGCAUAACUGAACAAUGUUUAAUCUGAAGAUUACAAUGCCUAUACUGGAAGACACAGACAGAAAUAAAUGAAUUAGGAUCACAGAAUGCCUGGGAUUUUGCCUGAGAUAUUUUUUUUUUAAGGUACUGAUAUCAGUAAUUCAGGGUGUGGGCUGACAUUACAGAUAAAAACAGACUAGUUUCAAAGGGCAGCUCUGCCUCCAACACACACUCUGACACUUCUGCAUACCAACACCAGGGGUCAUCCGAGGCCAUAUGGAGUCAGUUCGAGCAACCCAACAUCAGAAAACAAAUCCCACAAAAAGCAGAGAUCAAUAGGCAGCCAACUUGGCCAAGUGACCUUUGUAAGUGAAUAAAAAUGCCUGUAUAAAGGUACAUUUUCAAACAGGACAAAAUACUAUUUUGAAGUCCUGAAAAGGAAUAAUACUUCACAUCCUUUUUGUGAUCAGUGGGCUGGUGAAAAGGAAAAUCAUGGCCACUGACAAAUUUUAGUUAUUUAUAUGAAAUAUAUGAGCCAGCAGUGUGCCCUUGUGGUCAAGAAGACCAACGGUAUCCUGGGGUGCAUUGAAAAGGACGUGGUCAGCAGGUUGAGAAAAGCCACCCUCCCACUCUACUCUGCUGUGCUGAGGCCAUGUCUGGGCUCUCCGUUCAAGGACAGGGAACUUACAGAAAGAGUCCAGCAGAAGGCUACAAACAUGAUUAAGGACCUGGAGCAUCUUCCUUACAAGAAAGGCUGAUAGACCUGGUAGACUGGAAAAGACUGAGACAAAAUCUUAUCAGUGCUUAAUAUGCUAAAUAUCUAACGGAUGGUAGUCAAGUGGAUGGGGCCAGGCUCUUUUCCUUGGUUCCUACCAACAGGACAAGGGGCAAUGGGCACAAACUGGCACACUGGAAGUUCCAUACAAACCUAGUCAGGUGUUUUACUUUGAACUUACAAAGCACUAGAAUAGGCUGUCCAGAGAGCUGUGGGACCUCCUUCUCCAGUCAUGCUCCAAACCCACGUGGACACCUUCCUGUGUGACCUGAUACGGGGCACCUGCUCUAGUAGGGAGCUGGACUGGAGGAUCUCCAGAGGUCCCUUCUAACCACUACGAUUCUGUAGCAUGUGAGUUUUUUUCACUGCCAGUCAUUCUAUAAUUAAAAGAAACAUGAAAAUGAAGGAAAAAUGUUUGUUAACACGGAUUUUCAUUUGUUUUUCCAUUUUAUCCUUAAAGAAUUGCCAUUCCACCUCUUGAUUUAUGCAUAACUGUGGUUGCAGAUUUUCUUCUGAAUGACUUCUAAGUGAUUUCGCCUAGCUGAAACCACCAGCUGACACAGUAAGAACCACUCCACUCCAAGCAGAUCUGUAGAUCAACUGGAACCCUGCAUCCCAUGGCACGGAGCCGUAUCUAGGUGGGACGUUCCUGUUUGAAGCCAGCCUUCGUUUGCUCGCGUGGUUAACUCGCUGCAUUCCACACGAGCGUAGGCUGCCGUGCUAAUACUGCUAUGAACCUCACAACGUCCUUCAGCCUGUGAGCGCUCCCCCCCCCGGCAGCGGGCGGGAAGAGCGGCUGAAGCGAGGCCACGCCUCUCCACGAGACGCCGCUACGCGCAUGCGCAGCCGCCGCACUCCCACAGCCGUCCCGGGAGCGGAGGCACCGUAGCGCACAGCUCGCGGCUGCCAUGGGCGAAGCGACGCGGCCCCAGCGCCCCGGGAUCGGCGUGGGGGUGGUGGUCACCAGCCCCGCGCACCCCAACUGCGUCCUGCUGGGCAAGAGGAAAGGCUCAAUGGGAGCCGGCACGUACCAGCUCCCCGGAGGCCACCUGGAGUUCGGGGAGAGCCUGGCGGAGUGCGCCGCCAGAGAGACGCUGGAGGAGGCGGCGCUGCGCCUGCGCAACGUGCGCUUUGCUUCGGCCGUCAACUCCGUGUGCGCCGCCGCGCGCUACCAUUACGUCACCGUCCUCAUGAAGGGCGAGGCCGAGCCGGGGGAGGAGCCGCGCAACUGCGAGCCCGACAAGAACGAGGGUUGGGAGUGGGUUAAAUGGGAUGAGUUUCCCCCAGCAGAGCAGCUCUUCUGGGGCCUGCGGUGCCUGAGGGAACAAGGCUACAACCCUUUUACGGAAGACCUGGAUCACCUGAAGGGGUACACAGGGAGCCAUCAGCUGGCAUGAAGCCUGGUGGUGUGACAGCCCGAAGGACCUGUGGUGCAGAAAUCAAAACGAUGUGUGGUGCUGGCUUUGCCCAUGUCUGAACUGCAGUAACCAAGAUGUCACAUGCUGCAGUGCUUUCACCCGAGUUGUCGUACAUCCAGGAGGUACACAGGGCUGCCUUCCAAGCAACUGCAAACAUCUUCUGUAGCUGUUAAUGAUUAAUGUUUUCCUUUAGGCAUACUGUUUUAUCUGGGGAAUCUUUAUGCAGAUGAGAUGCCCUGUGGAAGUAAAUGAGAAACUCACUUGGAAACAGCUGUAACAACAUGCCCAAAGGAAAACGAUUUGUUUAAGCAACGGUCCUGGUUUAUUCAUAAAGCUGUUUUGUAUAUCAUGCUGCUUUCUUUAAGUAUACAUCUAACCUGGUCUAGUGUUAAAUGUGGAGAUCAGCAGCCCUGCCUCCAACAGGGGGGUUGGAUCUUGAUGAUCUCUGAGCUCCCUUCCAACCCAAGCCGUUCUAUGAUUUUGGACCAAUCUUUAAACUUAACCUUGUUUCAUAGGUCCAGUUAAGAUGCUUUCAGCAGCUCUAUGAAACAAAAGUCCAGUUUUCCACAGAAUAUCAUGUUCUCCUACACUAAACUUGGAAACCAGUAUUAUAAACAUUAAAAGAAUGCUGCAGGGAAUGAAAAUUCUCUGACCCUUUUUUCCACCCCCUUUCACCUACCUUCUGUUGGCAGUAGAACUUGUUUACAGAAUUUCAGACCUCAGUUGAUUUUCAUUUCUGACCAUGUUAUUGAACCCUAAGAGGUUAAUGUCAAAGCACCUACAGUCUUCUGCUAGGCUGACAGAACACAGUGAAGAAACAAACUCAUUUAUAGAUGUGUAGCUCUAUUCAGGCAGCUGCACUUUCUGGCUUAGGAGUGCUGUCAGUAUUAAAAUGCACAGGUAGGUGUCAUCCUUUACAGCUUCUACGACUUGAUUAACAUCUUAAUUUUCUGCAUGGGGUGACCCAAUAAUUGAAUUAGUAGCAAAUGAGAUCACAGAACAUAUGUACAAAAAUGAUGGAUUUGUCAUUUUUAUAGCAACUGUAACCAAAGUUGGCUCUUUUCAGGCUGUAGAUAUUAACCGUAAACCAGGCUGGAUUUUAACCAUUAAUUUUUGGAUAGGGACAGAUUGUGACUUCAACAAAUUACAUAACUGCCUUAUAUUUUUUUUUCUCUCCAGGGUUAUUUUGUAAUACAUCUGUUUGUUUUGUAACUAUACCCAUUGUAGAAAAUUAUCUGAGAUGUGUUUAUUUUCUUUAAAUAAAAGCAGCACAAUAGCGGAAGAUUAAAAUUGUCUGAAAUUAUGCACUGACUUGGCAAUUCCUACAUGAGAUUGAAGAGCUUAAAGCUCUUCCCUACUUUGCAUAGAAGCAUUCUUUAAUGGAGGUGUUUCUUUUUGAUGUGAAGCAGGAAGAUGAUAAAAGGCACAAAGAUGUCUCCUAGACAGUUACUGCUCCAAAUUCUAUGUGCAGCUUCCCUUAUGACAGAUUUUCUGUGAAGAAAGAUUUUGUUAAAAAGCAGUUUUGAAAUUGCAGAUGCCAAUGAAAAUUCCUUUACUGCUCUACCUUUGUAUGAAACCUAUUUUUCUAUUCACAAGUGGAGAUUUUCUUCCCAAAAGCAACUUCACAUUUACUAAUAAUUGCUCCGUUCAGCUGUCAACAAAGUGGUUGUAGAAGGAGUUGACAGAUGUCCAGCCCAUCUGCCUCAAUGAAUAAUUAAAAAUAUUUAGUAAUUCAAACAACUUAGUGGUCUUUUAAAUAUCGGAAGGCAUCUAAGCAUUGAUGGGAAAACCCAAGUC